AUGGGAAAGCCGAAGGGAAUUAGAACGGCUCGCAAACUGAAAAGGCAUCGUCAGGCUCAGCGAUGGAACGACAAAUUUUAUAAAAAAGCACAUCUGGGAACUAGGUGGAAGGCAAAUCCAUUUGGAGCUGCUUCACACGCUAAGGGAAUUGUGCUCGAAAAAGUAGGUGUGGAGGCGAAGCAGCCAAACUCCGCCAUUAGGAAAUGUGUCCGUGUUCAGCUUAUUAAAAACGGAAAGAAAAUUACCGCAUUCGUGCCUAACGACGGUUGCUUAAAUUUUAUCGAGGAGAACGACGAAGUGUUGGUAGCAGGUUUUGGACGGAAAGGUCACGCCGUUGGUGAUAUUCCUGGCGUACGAUUCAAAAUUGUGAAGGUUGCUAAUACUUCUUUGAUUGCCUUAUUUAAAGGGAAGAAGGAAAGACCGCGGUCAUAA